CAACUUUUUGGUUCUUCUAUCUCUUUCUCUCUCUUUUUCUUCCACACCCUCAUAACUUUACCCAAGACUUCUUUUAUAUAAUCCCAUUUUGUCAUAAAAGAUCAUUACUCAUUAGACUUUCCCACUACCCAUUCUCAUUCCCUCUUCAACCAACAUUCUCCCCAUCAGAUAGAAGCUCCCUUAUCUUAAUUCACACUUUUAAAAUUUUGUGUUCUCAAAGUUUCACCAUUAAACUUAAUUCUUUAGUUACUAAAAGAGUUGGAAAUGACAAAGAUUGUAGGCAUUCUUCUUUGUUUAGUCAUUGUGGGCUUGGAUGUAGGUGCUGCAAUCCUCGGAAUCCAAGCUGAAGUCGCCCAAAAUCAGGUGAAGCACAUGAGGCUAUGGUUAUUUGAGUGCAGAGAACCGAGCCAGGACGCGUUUAGGCUCGGUCUAGGUGCAGCCGCGAUAUUGGUAAUAGCUCAUGUCCUACUCAACUUGGUCGGAGGCUGUCUCUGUAUUUGCUCUCAAGACGAGUUUCAAAGAUCUUCUUCCUCUAGGCAAAUCUCUAUGGUUUGUCUCGUCCUCACUUGGAUCGUAUUCGCCGUUGGAUUCGGGAGUAUAGUGAUCGGGACGAUGUCGAACAGUAAGUCAAGAUCCUCUUGUGGGUUCACACAUCACCAUUUCCUCUCCGUUGGAGGGAUUUUGUGUUUUCUUCAUGCCCUCUUCUGUGUUGCUUAUUACGUUUCUGCCACUGCGGCCAAAGACGAAGCUGCUAAGUGACGACAAAGUGGCACAAUCAAUGAUGGUUCACAGGUGGGUCCUUGUCCUUGACUAUAAUUAUAUUUUCUGAUGAUGGUAACUGUGUUAAACAGUUUACUAUGUAUAAUCAUUUAACCUAAGUUUCUUUUUUAUUUUCUUUAUUUGAAUUCGUUUCACUGAUUUCGAAGUCACUUUUGUAAUUUGGAGAGCUGUGUCAUUUUGACUAAAAAAUGAAAGCUUUUGUGUCACGCUCUGUUGUCGCAUGUGGGGUUAAAAUGCACUAAUGAUAAUGACGUUUGGUGGAA